AUGUCGAGCAAGGCCGCCUUCAGCAACCUGAUCCGGACCCUGGGUCAGCCGGUCGUCCGCCGGCCUGCCAUAACGACGACAAGGUUGGCUUUCAUCCGUGGGGCCCGGCCCUAUUCGUCAACCGACAUCCCGCCUCCUCCGCUCCUCUCCAAGAUCAAGGAUGACCUGAAGACGGCGAUGCGGGCCAAGGACCAGAACCGGCUCUCGGUCCUCCGUGCUGUGCUGGCUGCCGUGGUGAACGCCAGCAAGACUGACGCUCCGAUCAAGACGGACGUGCAGCUGGUUGUCCUGCUGCGCAAGUCGGCAGCCAAGUCGCGCGAGGCGGCCGCGGAGGCCCGGAUGGCGGGCCGCGAGGAUUUGGCAGAGAAGGAGGAGGCCCAGGCCAAGAUCCUUGAGGAGUACGCCGAGAGCAGUUCUGUGCGCGAGCUCACGGUCGAUGACCUCCGCAAGCAAGUGGAGGCGACUAAGGCACAACUGAUCGGCGAGGGCGUCAAGGCCAACCAGUUGUUCGGCCAAAUGAUGGGAAAGCUGAUGGGGGACAAGGUGUCGCCGAUCGCCAACUGUGUGUAUGAUAAGGCGGCGCUUGUCAAGUUGAUCCGGGAAGCUUGCCAGAACGAAAGUAAGCCUUCACGAACCACCGCCACCACCACCACCACCACCACCAUUACCACCAUUACCCCUGAAGAGUUAGAGCAACAGGAAGAGGGCACGGCGGCACAGCCAAAGAAGAAAGAGAGAAAGAAGAUGAGAAAGAAGUUCUUACCCGUCCCCACUUAUGCGGAUCUUUACAAGAUUGUGAAAGAAGAGUCUGAGAAACUUGUUGCUGAGGGAUGUGAACAGAAUAAAUUGCGCGGCAGGCUCCUGGCCCUGCUGAUGCCUUCGACCGGACCGCUCAAAGACUUGCUCAAGGACUGGUUCAUACCCCGAUCAUUCCUGGUUGGUGUGAUUAAGGAUGUUGUCCGCCACCGCAGGCUGGCUAUGACAACACCCAGCAACGGCGCCUCUGCAGUCGUCAGCACAAGCGAUAGUACCACUCAGUCUUGA